AUGAAAAUAAAAGUGCACAUUGCACUAAAUUUAGCGGUUGUUGAUUGUUGUGAAGCAACUGAAUGUGCACAAGACUUUUUUGGUACAAUUAGUAGUUUGGUAACAUUUUUAGGUGCCAGAAAGAGAACCGCAACAUAUGUAGAGUUUCAAAAACAAUUAUAUAAAAACCAACGUAUUCGUAGGUUAAAAAGUUUUUCUGCUACGAGAUGGACAUACCAUGACCGUUCUUUAGAAGUUAUACAAAUGACUUAUAAAUCAAUUAUUUUAACAUUAAAAAAAAUUAGCCUUGAAGAAACUGACAAAAAAAACAGACAUUUUGCUAAUAGUUUUUUAAAGCAACUUAAUUCUUUUAAAUUUGUUCUUACAAUGCAUAUGAUGCGCAAUAUAUUCUCAAUUACUACACCUUUAUCAAAUUAUUUACAAAAUCCUGCCAUCGAUUUCAUUCAAGCAAUACAUUUAAUUAAAGUGACUCGACAACAAAUACAAGAUUUACGAGCAAUGAAAACUGAAUCUGUAUAUGAGAACCUAUUUACAGAAACAAAAUUAUUUUGUGAAGCACAAGACUUAGAGGAACAUGAUUUAGCAGAGGUGCGUACAUCUCACAAGAAAAGAAUGAGUGGAGAAAUAAGUAGUGAUGAAAGAAUAACUUCAGCAAAUUACCGCUAUGUAUGUGAAGUUUAUAGAUGUUCAUUGGAUGUAAUUUUAUCUAAACUAGAUGAUAGAUUUAGUGGUUCUGAAAAUAUCUUCAAAGAAUUUUCAUUACUACUACCUGAACGCUUAGAUGAUCAAAAUGAUACUGACAGUGAUGAUUCCGAAGAAACAAUACAUGUAACUGCCAUAUACUCUGCACUGUGUAAAAUGGGAAUGGUGUCAGCUUUUCCAAAUUUAUUCAUGGCUUAUAAGGGGAUUUGUACUUUGCUACCAAUAUCAGAAACUGCAGAACGAUGUUUUUCCAAGCUUAAACUCAUUAAAACAAAAUUACGCUCUACUGUUGGAGAAAAAAGGUUAGAUAAUUUAAUGUUAAUUUCUUGUAACCCUGAUAUAGAAGUAUCAAUUGAAGAUGCUAUUAAUAAAUUUGCUUCAACUUCCAGUGUUUUGCAAAAAGCAUUUAUGUUUGUAAUAUCAAGUUGCUUACUUGGCUAUUUAGAAUUCGGUACUUAA